AGCAGGCUGACGCUGGGGAUGGCGAUGGCACUGGUGAACGCUCAUUCCCCAGCUCCUCUGAACCUGAAGAAGGAGGGGCCGCGGACAGGGAAGGAGGAUCGCUGCUCUACUUGGGAACAGGGGUUCAGGCUACAGGGAAAGAGCUCAGGCCUCGGACAAGAGCCACUGUGCAAACAGUUCAGGCAGUUGCGGUACGAAGAGACCACAGGGCCGCGCGAGGCGCUGAGCCGGCUGCGGGAGCUCUGCCGACGCUGGCUGCAGCCCGAGACACGCAGCAAGGAGCAGAUCGUGGAGCUGCUGGUGCUGGAGCAGUUCCUGACCAUCCUGCCCGCGGCGCUGCAGGCCCGGGUGCGGGAGCACCACCCAGAGAGCGGGGAUGAGAUGGUGGUCAUGCUGGAACACCUGCAGCCGGAGCUUGGGAAGGCAGGACAGCAUGCGGGCCCAGACCAGGCAAAGAAGCAGAAGGUGCUUGCAGAGGAGGCGGCCCCUGUGGCAGCGGUGCGGGAGCCGCAGGUCCAGGCUGAGCGGGACGUUCCGGGGCCCGAAGAAGAGAAGGGUGACGGGACAAAGACUGAGAACGGGAAGGUGGUUGUACAGACAGAUUCUCAUGGAGGAGCGGAAUCAUCUGGGAAAGUGUCUGAACCUGUAGAACCUGGUCCUAAGGACCCUAACUUGGAACAGCAGCAGGUCAGGCCCACGGAGAAGACUGAGUGUAAAUGCUCAGAAUGUGGGGAGGGCUUCACCCAGAGCUCAGACCUGAUUGGACACGAAGGGACACACGCAGAAGGAAAGCUCUGUGGCUCUGAGGCUUGUCAGAGUCCCAGGCCUGUGGCACAUCAGAAAGUCUGCUCAAGAGAGAAGGGUCAUCAGUGUCACGAGUGUGGGAAAGCCUUUCAGAGAAGUUCACAUCUUGUCAGACACCAGAAAAUCCAUCUUGGCGAGAAGCCUUAUCGGUGCAAAGAGUGUGGAAAGGUCUUCAGCCAGAAUGCAGGCCUUUUGGAACACCUCAGGAUCCAUACUGGAGAGAAACCUUACCUGUGCAUCCACUGUGGGAAGAACUUCAGGCGCAGCUCCCACCUCAACCGACACCAGAGAAUUCACAGCCAGGAGGAGCCCUGUGAGUGCAAGGAGUGUGGGAAGACCUUCAGUCAGGCCCUUUUCCUCACGCACCACCAGAGAAUCCACAGCCACUCCAAAAGCCAUCGCUGUAAUGAGUGCGGGAAAGCCUUCAGUUUGACCUCAGACCUCAUCCGCCAUCACAGGAUUCACACCGGAGAAAAGCCUUUUAAGUGUGCCAUAUGCCAGAAAGCCUUCCGACUGAACUCCCACCUGGCCCAGCACGUGAGAAUCCACAAUGAAGAAAAGCCCUAUGAGUGUAGUGAGUGUGGCGAAGCCUUCAGGCAGAGGUCGGGGCUUUUUCAGCAUCAGAGGUAUCACCACAAACACAGUCCGCCUUGAUGGGGCAUCCCGUCUGCAGGAACGUCAGGGACAGUACGUUGACAAGCAAGCAGCACUUUAGGAAGUCACUCCAGCCGGUUCGAGCCUCUGAGAACUCCAGGGGCCAAGCCGGAGGCUCUGCCCCUUCACGUGUGCUCAGGUGCCGAGCACAACUAUUUGACCUUUGAUGCGACUAUGGGAACAAGCGGAACAGCAUUCUUCACUGCAGGACUUCUCUGAGCCUUUAACUUGGUAAAUGUAUGAUUGCACACCUCCAAGUAGUAGAGACCCUCAUGCUGGGUGAGGACUUUGAAGUCAGCAGUGAGUCAGCCAAGUACCUAUGGAUUUAUAGGCUUGAAUGGAGCCAGAGCAGGUCGAUACGUUUGCAUCUGCUACAGCAACAGCUAUAAAGUAAAACUAAAGAUGUUUGGAAAAUCCCACUCUCAAAGGGAUCUUAAAGUGCAAGUUAAGGUUGGCAUUUUCCCCCACUGGCUUCACUAACCACCCCUGCGGGCAUCCCCUCUCCUUCCCCCACCUCAGUCAGCGGAAGCAUUUUAGAAAGCAAAGAAAAUUUAGUUCGACCACUUCUUACCCCAUUCUUGUCACAAUACUUCACUGAUUUGAGUUAGAAAUCAAGAUUUUAUUUAAAGUAUGGAAGAGACUUCAUAAGUCAUUUCAACGAGUAGUGCUGAGUUAAAUCAGGCAGCAGCUGUCUUGCUCGGUAACUCCAAUGCCAGGUUAGUGGCUCCUGCACAGACACUGUUUAAUAGGUGGAGAAAGAGAUUAGACAUUUUUCCUUAAAGACUGAUAGUGCAACUUUAUUUUAUUUUUUAAAAGAUUUUAUUUAUUUAUUUAUUUGAGAGAGAGCAUGAGUAGGGGGGAGGGCGAAGGGAAAGGGGGAAGCAGACUCUCUGCUGAGCACAGAGCCCAACACUGGGCUUGAUCCUAGGACCCUGCGAUCAUGACCUGAACCAAAAAUCAAGAGUCAGAUGCUUAACCGACUGAGCCACCCAGAUGCCCCUGAUAAUAUGAUUUUUAAAUGUUCUUGUUCUGGAAUUCUUUGGAAGUCAAAUAAAGUCAGCUCGGAGGAGAUCAUGAUUUUAUACUGUGAAUACCAAAAUGUCAUGGUAAUGAUGGCGAACAUUGAGCUUAGGGGAGUCCGCCCUUGAACUGUCAUUGCUUGCUGAUUGUCAGUAACUGUAUAGGGUAUUGUGUCUGGAAAAAGUGUCUCAGUCUUCUGUGGGAAUGAACCCUCGGGUAUUGCUGAGGUUUUGGUUCAGCUGCAUAUAGUUUAGAAACAUGCGAGGAGUGACUUCACAAUAGCUUGUUUUUAUCUCAGAAAAAUCCGGUGACAAGCAGUCCAGGACUGAUAAAGUGGUUCCAUGACACCACUAGGGACCCUGCCUCUGCUUUUCUGUUAACCUCCUAGUGCACACCACCAGUCCUGAAGUUGUCACAUGAUCCUUGGUGGCUGCUGAAGCUCCAGCCAUCACAUGCAAAAUGCAGACAGAGACAGAAGGAAAAAAAUUCCUCGCAGUUCAGCCAGCUCUCCAUAUACAGCCUCCCAGAAGUCAGUUCAGCACACUAAAACUUGGGAAAGGGAGUCUGGAGAGUGUCUUGUGGUUUGUGGUGUGCCCAGCCAGAAACUAAGCUUCUAUCACUAAGAAGAAGGGGAAACAUGAAGGCUGGAACAGGCACUUUGCAGUCUUGACCCACUUCCCAACUGCAUCUGGCUGUGUGCAGUCUGACCGGCUGCCACCGUUAAUGCCGUUUCCUGGAGGAGGACCAAAUAGGUGGGAGAAGCAGGGCAACUUUUUGAGGCAAUUUUGAAGAAUCCAUGGAAACAGUAAUGUUCGAUUCCUUAGGAAGUCGUAAAGCUGUCUUUCAUUCUGCCUUGAUGGGUAAAGUUAAGUGGAUAUCAGGGAUUUUCUCUCCAAGUGUUUUGACAGCUGUGCUGAGGUCGGUACCUAAGCCCUCAGCUCUGUAUCAUAGUUAAAAUCUGUUUGAUUCUGUUCCUUUUAAGAAGGGAACAAAGAAUAAAGAACAAAGAAUGUCUUUAUUAUUCUCAUGAAAAAGCAAUGACAGUGACAAGAGUUAAAGUAUGAGAGUGAUGCACUCUUUUUUUUUAAGAUUUUAUUUACUUAUUUGAGAGUCAGAGGGAGAGUGUAAGAGGGGAGAAGGUUAGAGGGAGAAGCAGACUUCCCGUGGAGCAGGGAGCCCAGUGUGGGACUUGAUCCUGGGACUCCGGGAUCGUGACCUGAGCCGAAGGCAGUUGCUUAACCAACUGAACCAUCCAGGCUCCCAAGAGUGAUAUAUUCUUAAAUAUUUGAAAAAUUUAGCUUUCUUUAUGAUGAUUCUGAGGUACAUGCAUUAUAAGUGUUCUAAAUUCAUGGACACCUUAACCAACCUAAUCCCUCACACAGUCCCAAAGUCAGUGGUGUUCUCAUCAGUACCCUGGGGGCAUACCCAUAGCCACUUGAACAUAAGUGUUGGAAACAGGUAUAUUUUAUUUUUAAAUUUUUUUGAAUGUGAGCAUGGGGACGGGGAGGGGAAGGAGGAGUGGGGACAAGAGAUUCUCAAGCAGGCUCCAUACUCAGGACCCGAAGAUCAUGAGCUGAGCUGAAAUCAAGAGCAGGUGCCCCUGGAUACGGGUAUAUUUUAAUAACAUGCUUUUCUUCUCUAUUCUUGAAGGUUAUAGGAAUAUUGAGGAAAGGGCAAAAUGUUAUAGCAGAUCUUGAUGAAGGUUUUGCUUGUGAUGCAACCCAUGUUAGAUGCUCUAGAAGGAAAGCCGAAAGUCUGUUGAGAGGGCAGCAACCCGGGAGGGAUGAGCUGUGUCACAAGGUAUCCUACUGAUCAGCUUUUCUGUUGGGAUAAUAUCCUGUAAUGUUCAGAAAAGAUGGUCCUUGUGUGUCUUCAUUUCCUGCUCACUUUCUGCUUAAAAAACAUAAAGUUAUUAGUAAUCGUGCCAUUAUAAUAUAGUAUGGAAAAACAGGAAAAUAAAGCACCCUAAAUUUUCA